CUCCUCAUCUUCAUCUUCUUCUGACAGCGAAGAUAAGAAGAAGAAGAAGGAUGAAAAGCAAGCAAACAUUGGCCUGUCAGCAGCAGGUGGUGAGAUUCUGGAACUGAGUGCUGAGGAAGAUAAAAAGGUCACUGAAACAAGUAUGCCAGGUAUCCCAUACUUGGACAAGCUUGUUCCUGAAAUUGUGAAAACUGUGGGGCAUCAGGGAACCGAGGCUAUCCUGGCAAAAAUGGCCGUGUCACAGGACCAACAGAGGGGCAUUCAGAAUGCAACAGUUGGUCAGCGUAACAACAAAAACUGGCAUUUGUUUAGGAAAGGGAGACUAACUGCCAGCAAUUUUGGAGCUGUCCUCAAGUCACAGCGUGUGACUCGUUCACUCCUUAAACGAGUGCUGGGAGAGCAGCAAGCACUUGAUCAUGUGCCGGCUGUGAAGUGGGGGAUUGAGAAUGAGAUUAAGGGCAUUGAGGCCUUCACCACUACAAGGAAGAAGUCUGUCAAGGAGUCAGGCUUGUGGCUCUCUCCAUCAGGACUUUUGGGAGCAUCUCCAGAUGGUCUGGUGGAGCCUUCUGCAGUGCUGGAAGUGAAGUGUCCCUAUAGUGCUAGGGAAAAGACAAUCGCAGAAGCCCUGCAAAUCAAGGAUUUCUGCCUCAUUAAGGAAGGAGAUACUUACAGCCUGCGUAAGGACCAUCCAUACUGGCACCAAGUACAGGGGCAGCUUCACCUCACUGACAGGCAGACCUGCUUCUUUGUGGUUUGGACUACAAAAGACAACGUUAUUAUCCCCAUAGAACGAGAUGAUAACUGGCAGUCAAACGUGUUGCAUCUUGAGAAGUUCUUCAAGAACCACAUGCUUCCCAAGAUGCUUAAAUCUGAAGAAGAAGGCAAAGUCUCCGCUACAUUAGCUGCAGGGGGAAUGGAGACAUUACCUGAUGCCACUGAGGAUUGCCAUCAGGGAGAAGGACGGAAGGAGAAGGACAAGAAGAAGUUGAAGAAGAAAAAGGAUUCCAGCUCUUCUUCCUCCUCUGACAGUGAAGACGAAAAGAAGAAGAGAAAGAAGGAUUCUUCUUCUUCUGACUCCUCCAGUGAUUCUUCUAGUGAUGAUGAUGAUGAGAAGAAAAAGAAGAAGGAUAAGAAGAGGAAAAAGAAGAAGAAAGACAAGAAAAAGGAUUCCAGUUCUUCUUCGGAUUCUUCUUCUAGUAGUGACGACUACGAGAAGAAGAAAAAGAAAAAGAAGAAAGACAAGAAGAAGAAGGAUAAAAAGAAGAAGGAUAAAAAGAAGAAGGAUAAAAAGAAGGACUCAAGCUCCUCUGAUUGUUACAGUGACAAAGAAAAUAAAAAGCAGAAGGAGGAACAGGACUGCCUUGACGGUGAGCAAAGCAGUGAGCCAAAAAUCGACCAUUCAGGGGGUGGUGGUCAACUUUCUGCUGCUAGUGGCAGCAGCUCCAAGCCAAGUGACACUCCCUCUGUGUCUUUUACGUCCCCCGCCUUGAAGCUGGAUCCUCCAAGUUCUUCAGCUGUCUCCAUGCCGUCUCCCUUUACCUCCUCAGCGAAUACAGGACACAGGGCCUCCAGUCACAGAGCUCUCAGCCCCAUGGAGAGCCUGAUGGGGAGCCCAAAGAGGUUUGGAGAUGGAGCGACACGCUCCACUAGUUACCUGUCCUCAAAGGAUCUGCUGUCGGGCCCCAGGCCUUACCAAUAAUAAGAUGUCAUAGAUCUUAGUUAACAGUU